AAAAUUGGAACCAUGGAGAGAAUACAAUCAUAGACAUCUAAUUUCUACACAUUCACUGUCACUCUGCAGGCUGAGAGAGAGAGAGAGAGAAAGAGAGAGAGAGAGGGAAGAAGAAUAAGAAAAAGGAAACAAAGAAGAAGGAAAAGGAAGAAUGGAGAAACCAGAGGAGAUCAGCAGCUCAAAGAUGUUUGAAGGGUACAACAAGAGAUACAAGCAUUUCAGUCCAACCUUGGGUUGUUCCAUGAAUUUUCACAUUUACUUCCCUCCCACCUCUUCUUCACAAAAAGUCCCUGUGCUUUAUUGGCUCUCUGGCCUCACUUGCACAGAUGAGAAUUUUAUUGCUAAAUCUGGAGCCCAACAUGUUGCUUCAAGUAAGGGUGUUGCACUAAUCGUACCUGAUACAUCACCAAGGGGCCUGAAUGUGGAAGGAGAGGCAGACAGCUGGGAUUUUGGUUUAGGUGCUGGAUUUUAUCUCAAUGCUACCCAAGAGAAGUGGAAGAACUGGCGUAUGUAUGACUAUAUUGUCAAGGAACUGCCAAAGCUUCUCAGGGAAAAUUUUGAACAACUUGAUACAUCACGGGCAUCCAUAUUUGGGCAUUCAAUGGGUGGGCAUGGAGCCUUGACAAUUUACCUGAAAAACCUUGACAAGUAUAAGUCAGUCUCUGCCUUUGCACCAAUUUGCAAUCCUAUAAAUUGUCCAUGGGGUCAGAAGGCUUUCUCCAACUACUUGGGUAGUAAUAAAUCUGACUGGGAGGAAUAUGAUGCCACUUGCCUGGUUGCAAAAUACAAGAAGGUUUCAGCUACUAUCCUAAUUGAUCAGGGUGAGGAAGACAAGUUCUUGAAAGACGGUCAGUUGCUGCCAAACAAGUUUGAAGAGGCAUGCAGAAUCGCAAAUGUUCCAUUGCUAUUGCGAAUGCAACCUGGGUAUGACCACUCCUACUUCUUCAUUGCAACCUUCAUCGAUGAUCACAUUCUCCAUCAUGCCCAGGCUCUUGACCUGUAAUGUUGUAUCCACACAGUACUUCUGGGAUUUAGGAUGGGACCAUGUGAUGUUUUCUUCUGUCAGAUUGAAUAACCAUUUUCUGGUUUACUUGAACAACUUUUGCAACUUCAAGCCCUGCGCCUGAAUAAUUUCCAGACAAUUUCAAUAUGUAUGUUGCCCAAAUACCUACUGAAUUUUUCUUUUGUGUGGAAUGCAACCUUCAGAUGUGGCCAAGAAAAUAUGUGCUAGACCUUUAAGUUUUACCCAUAAAGGUUGAGAUAUUUGAAGUCUUGAUGUGAUUAA